GAGUUUGAUAAAUGCAACAGAGAACAUCUAGCAUAUUCUACUGGUUAUGGUCAAGAAAUACCCAACAAAAACUACACUGACACAAAGUUUUUGAACACAAAAAAUGGAUCUGUAAUGUUGUCCGAAAGUGCAGAUUGUAACAGGAAUGAAAUGCUUUUUGUCAAUGCAAGUCUUACGCAAAAUCCACUAUCCAAACCAAAGCAAGAUCAAAGUAAAAAUAACUUCACAUUUUUGAAUGAUAUCAUGGUGGGAGGUUAUGGCAUAGGAUACGAGCCUGAUCUUGAAGGAAAUGAACAGGAUUCAACAAAGGGUCGAAUAUUUAGCCACGAACAAGCAAAUGACAUGGAAUGUGAAUCUGCAACAAGUUCUUCAUCUCUUCUAAAUGACUGGUUGGUGGAAGCCAGCCAGAUGGAAGCCCAUGAUAUUGAAUUAUUGCAGCAUGAAUUAGAACUUGGAUCACCAAUGUGCAUUGAUGACUGUGAUUGUAAGCCUGACUGAAUUAUAUUUUGAGGAGCUCCAGAAGUAUGUACACCAAGAUGACACAAAACCUGAACAUAGUAUGUGUACCAGGUCAGGGUUCAGGUUGUGUGCCAUCUUGGUACACAUACUUCGAGAGCGCCUAUUUUACAACUGAUAAUGCAAGUAUUAUUUUUUCAUUGUGAAACGAACUGCCAAUUGAUGGUAUGCAUUCUGUGUUCAUAGGUGCUUUUGAUUUGUGAAAAGUUUACUGAGAAUGUGUCAUUUUUAUUCUUCUUACAUUGUUGCAAAUAUAUCAUGGUUUGGUUGCCAGUGGCCUUAAAACUAAAAUUGUGAGUGAAUUUUGUUUAAAUGUUGUUAAGAUAAUCAGAUUACAUUUGUUCUAACAUUUGACUUUUAUAAAAGCACUUAAGGCAAACUUUUUAUGCUCCAUGAAUAUUUACUAUGCUAUUGUCUUUUAAAGUUACACUUUAUUCAGAAAUCAAAUUUUAUAAGGGUUUUGUACUAGUAAUGCUUUAAAAUUGGGAAUGACAACGCCUUGUUUUGGAACAAUUGUGCAAUUUAUGCUUUUUCUCACUCCUGGUAUCCUUUAAACUGUAGUUUAUAUUUUAAUAAUAAUUAAUGAAUUAAUUGCAUUGUAUUUUUAUGCCAACAUACAUACGUUUUUAUGUGCUGCCUUACAAUCUUAUUAUUAAUUUUUUCCAUUUUUAUAAUUUUUUUUAUUGCAUUGUUGAAUAUGAUGAGCUGCAUUAGCCUCUGAUUUCAAGUCAAUAAACAUAUUCUUAUACUCACCUCUUGUCCUGUUGUGUCCUAUUAAUUGAGCGACCCUGGCGAUUCUUUCUAAUAAUACAAUGACUAAAAUCUCA